AUGGAUAUACCAUUUACUUUAUUAGCUGGUGAAGCUUAUAUUAAACCUGAACGUUUAGUUGAUGAUAUAAUUCAUUUAACAACAUAUCGUUUAUUUAUAUCUACAGUAAAACCUCUAUACAGUGGUGGUAAUGGUUUAUCACAGCGUACAUUAGCUGAAAGAUAUAAUAUUUCACUUCGUUCUGUAUCUAAUAUAUUAAAACGAAAAGAAGAAUAUUUACAUGAUUAUGAAACCAAUCAGAAUCAAAAUGUUAAACGAAAAUUCAAAAGUUUUGAUUCAGUAAAACUUGAUCAACAAGUUUAUGAAUGGUUCGAUAGCUGUGAAAAUAUUUUAGUAUGUGAUGUAAAUGAGCAAGAUGAUGAUGAUAGUAAUGCUGUAUCUACAGAAAUACCACCAAAAAUAACAGAAGCAAUGGAAAUGACACAAAAGCUUCGUUUAUUAGCAACAACACAAUAUCUACAAUUACAUAAAUUAAUUAAUUGUCCAAUACGUUCAAUUGAUUCAAUUGAUAAAAUUGAUAUAAAAGAUGAAAUUUAUUUAUAUAUACAUUGUAAACAUAUACGUUCAUUUCGUUUAAAAUUUUUUACAGAAAAUCAACGUCGUUAUUGGUUGAGAAAAUUAAAUGGCAUGAUUGCUGUUCCAAAAUGUUUAAGUGAUUUAUUUACAAUUAAAUUUGAAUUAGACAUACGAAAAGAUGAACAUUUAUAUCAUGAUCAUUUAAAUGAUGAAUUAAUACGUUUACAAUUAGAUACGCAUCCAUGGCGUUUAACUGAUAUUAAUCAAAAUUAUGAAUUAUGUUCUAGUUAUCCAAAAUAUUGUGUUGUACCAUCUACUAUAACUACCCAGGUCCAGCAUUACGAUGACCAAGCAGCUAAAUUUAGAUUAUAUAAACAAUUUCCAACAAUUGUUUGGAGACAUAGUAAUGGUGCAAUUAUUGUUCGAGCAGGUCAACCCGAAGUCGGUUGGCCAUUUAGGCGUUCAAAAGAAGAUGAAAAAAUGAUUCAAGCUAUUAUUAAUGCAUGUAAUGGUACAUUAACAACAAAUUUUAUUCAUGGUGAAACAAGUUCAAGUGGUUUAUUAAUUCUUCAUGCAGCAAGUCGUGAUGCUGCUAUUGAAAAUUGUGUUAAAUAUUAUACAGAUUGUGAUGUUAAAUUUAUGAAUUUACCAGAUAUUCAUGCUAUAAGUAGCAAUGUACGAAUGUUACGGGCUAUAAAUGUAACACAAUCCGAAGAUUCGCUUUUAAGAUUAGCAUCAACACAAUGGUUAUACAAUUUAUCAGCAUUAAUGAAUGUAGCAUUUCGUGUUGUUGUUAAUGUUGAUAAAGAUAAUCGAUCUGUGCUUGUACAUUGUUCAAAUGGUCAAGGUCGUACAUCACAAAUAAUAACAUUAGCUGAAAUAAUGCUUGAUUCACAUUAUCGAACAAUAAGUGGUUUUCAAAUAUUAGUGGAACGUGAAUGGAUUCAAUUUGAACAUAAAUUUGGUGAUCAUUGUGAUCAUAAUGUUGAUGCAAAUGGAUCAAAUGAUUGUGAUCUUGUUUUUCUUCAAUGGUUGGAUUGUAUCUAUCAAUUAUUGAUGCAAAAUCAAGCUGCAUUUCAAUUCAAUGAAAUAUUUCUUCGUGAAUUAGCUGCACAUGUGUUUACUGGUCUAUAUGGAACAUUUUUAUGUAAUACAGAUCUUGAACGAACAACAGCUAAUUCAGAAAGAAAAACAUCAACAACACAAUUGAUCAAUCCUUCAUUUGAUGAAAGAAAACAAGUAAAAAAAAUAAACAAAAAAUAUUUUUAUUUAAACUUACUCUUUUUCGAUUGUAUUUUUAUGAAUAUUCUCAACUUCUCUUGUGUGUCUUUUAUAACGAAGUCG